UUCUUUAAGUGUAUGUUUUCACCAGGCAGACAAUUAUUUAAUCAAAGCAGGAGGAUAUCACGAUAGUUGUGAAAUGAGCUGCGUAUGUUUAACUGAAGAACUCACCUGCACCGUGUGGUUUACGACUUGUGGCAAUUUUUCAGAUGGAAAACAAAAAAAUUGGAGGCAAUCGACUGGACGACGAUCUACGUCAGAGGAAGAUUUCAAAAGGUUUGGUGCGACAUGUUUUGACGAGGAACACUGGUGACAGGAUUGCGUUGGGGAGAGUAACACGACAACUUGACAAAGAAAGAAUAGCAAAGGAAGUAGAUUACCAGCAACAGAAACAGAAGCUUUUACUCCAGAAGUUUGAAUCGCAGAUGAAAGAGCGUUCUGUGAAGGAUUCUCAACAAACAUCGAACGAACUCGAAGGCUCAAUGGGGUUGCGAAAUGCGGCUGGAAAACCUCUCAUGUCGCGGUAUAGAAGUUUUUCCGAGCUGGAGAUGUCGAGCUCGCAAUUGCAAGGGUUGAAGUGUCCUGUAGAGAUUCGUGAGGCGCUUGAGCAAAAAGCGAAAACAAACAGGGGACUCAAUCAUUCGCGACUGGCAGUUGAAAAGGGAGCAAACGAAACCAACCGGCCGAGGUUACGCAAAACAGGAGUGAUAAAACCGCCAGAGCGUUCAAGCAUCGUUGAGGGAGCGAGAAUGAAGCGGACUAAGACGCUAUCAGAUAUUUUACCUCCCGUUAUUCUUCCACCAAUAUUUCAAUCUGGCGCAACUUCUUUGGAAAAGAGGACAGUUCUGGAGAAUCAGCGGACAAAAACAAAAGAAUAUAUUUCUGAGGGCUCUGGCACUAAUUCGACACCAAUGGUGACUGAGAUAAGAGAGUUAGAGGACUUAGAGGAUUGUCGAUAUCUUAGGAAAAGCAAUUUUCGAUGAGCUCAGCUAAGUGUGUAACCAUGUUAUGCAGGAGUAAAUUUAAAGUAAGUUUUCUUUUAAACUGAUUCCUUUUGUUUUAACGAAGGAAGUGAAACUAGUUACUAGAGGGUAGGAAAUUGAAGAAUCGAAGGGCCUGAUAUGGGGACAUAAGGCAGGGACAAAAUUUCAAACUUUAGGGACCAGUCACUCUCCCCUCCCCUCCCCCAGCGAUAAUAAAUCACGACCUUCCCUCAGUGCAAUGUAAACAUUAUUUCUUUCAGCGUAGUUAUCAGGCCUUAGCCCUUCAUGUUACGUACAUACUCCGGAGCGUGGAAUAUACAAUGGCAAAAUAAAGAUUAAGUAUGAGAUGAACAUUUCAAGUCAAUCAUUGUUAGAUCAUCUUCACUAUUGCUUAAAUAAUGCUUUACUGCGAUGAUCGUGCACUUAUACGUUUCAUAAGCGCAGUUCAGAUAUGUGUCUUUCAUAUAUUCUUUAUGUUUGAUUCCUCAUCUUACGGGUUUAUGUCGAAUUAAUUUAAUGGCCUGCUCCCAGUUGGAUUGUCAGCUCAAUUGGUAGA